AAUACUCUAGAUUAUUAGUUUUUUUUUAAAAAGAAAGUUUAAUGUGUGUCUCAGACCCUUAUAAUGCAGACUCUGCUUCCGUACCGAUCAUACUCGAUAGAAAAUACGAGGAUAAUCUCUGUGUAGAAAUGCUGAAUUUAUUUGAAGAGCUUCUUCCUACCAGAGAGAGCCACAACCGACGUAUGGCUCUUGUUCGCAAGAUAGAACGCCUUUUGAAUGCAGAGUGGCUUUCACAGAAUAUCACAGUUCACUUGUUCGGAUCAUCCGUCAAUGAUCUCGGUACAAGCCAUUCUGAUGUCGAUCUUUGCAUUACUACCCAGUGGAGUGGCCUUCGCAACAUACGAACAUUGGCCAAAUUAUUUCGAAAAUGUGGCAUGCAGCAGGUUGCCUGUGUCCCAAAUGCAAAGGUCCCAAUUGUGCGUCUUUUUGAUCCCGAAUCUCGCCUUGCAUGUGAUAUCAAUGUCAACAAUACAUUGGCUAUCCAGAACACAAAGAUGAUCAAAACAUAUGUAGCAAUAGAUACUCGUGUCAGACCCUUUACAAUGAUUAUCAAAAACUGGGCAAAGCAACGACUUCUUAAUGAUGCUGCGCAUGGUGGAACCCUCUCGACGUAUACAUGGACUUGUAUUGUAAUUAACUUUUUGCAAAUGCGGCAACCACCAAUUCUUCCUGUGCUUCAUCAGCUAAAAAAAGAUUCGAGUUCAGAGCUUUUUUUCAGUAAUAUUGAAAAGCUACAUGGAUACGGAGAAGCAAACCAUGAAAGUCUAGGUGGUCUUCUAUUUGCCUUUUUCCGGCGAUAUGCACUUGAAUUUGAUUAUGACACCCAGGUUGUAUCUGCAAGACAUGGGACUUAUUUGACAAAAGCAGAAAAAGGCUGGGAUACUGGGCGUAAUGUAACAAGCUUCUGCGUCGAAGAACCGUUUAAUGUGACAAGAAAUCUCGGAAAUUCAGCCGACAUAGAAUCGGUACAUGGCCUCCGUCUUGAAUUCAAACGUGCUCUU